AUGGGUUGCAGUGGAGAUGAGUCUACUAUUGCAGAGUGUACCAUCCAUGGAGGAGGACCUGGUUUCUGUAAUGGUAGAUAUUAUCAUCAUGUGAUCUGUUCAGAGUCUGUGCAGCUUGUGGAUGGAGAUGGUCUCUGCUCUGGGAGACUGGAGGUGAAGUCCAGUCAGUCCUGGGCCUCAGUGUGUGAAGCUGACUUUGACCAGCAGGAUGCAGAGGUAGUCUGUGGGGAGCUUGGCUGUGGGGCUCCUGCAGCUCUACAGGGGGGGCUCUAUGGAGAAGGUGAGGGUCAGACCUGGGAUAAAGAGUUCCAGUGUAAAGGCAAUGAGUCCCUUCUCCUGGACUGUGACACCUCAGACAGAAAAAACAACACCUGCCUACCUGGUAAUGCUGUUGGACUCACCUGCUCAGAGCCUGAUGAUGUGAGGCUGGUGGGAGGAGGCAGUCGCUGUGCUGGUGGAGUGGAGCGGUACGACCAGGGAGAGUGGAGGACUGUGGGAGCUGAUGACAGGGACAAGGAGGCUGUAGCUGCAGUAGUGUGUAGACAGCUGGGUUGUGGCUCCACUGUUUCAGUACUACCUGGAAACACCACUAGAGGGUUUAGAGAUGUCUGUUCUGGGUCUGAGUCUUCACUGAGGGAGUGUUGGAGAACAAAUAAUCUCUUUCCUGUAGUCACAGUGAUCUGCUCAGAUCUCCUGGUCCAGCCGGAUAUCUUCCUGACUGACUCAAUGGGAGGGGUCUCCAGGGGCCACCAGGGGCCUGAAGUUUUUAGGGGCUACAACUUCACCAUCACCUGCUCCACUCAGCCACAGUACCCAGGAGGCUCCUUCCUCCUCACGUUCACCGGCUCCAACAGAACCCAGACCCAGCCAGCUGUCAAUCACUCUGCUGCCUUCCUCUUCCCUGCUGCAGAUGACUCUCACCAAGGGAACUACAGCUGUGUUUAUGACAGUUAUGUUUUCUCUCAUAACUUCUCCUUUGAGAGUGAGCUCCUCUCCCUCACCGUCACAGCCUCUCCUCUGCCAGCCUUCAUCAUCAGACACGUUGUAGUGCUGCUGAUCCUACUGACAGCCAUCACCACCUUCUACCUGUACUACAAGACCACCAGGAGGCAGAAGAGAGUGAACAGGGUGAGCAGCAUGGAUCUUUAUGUUGAUGCCAAUGCCAUGGAGAUGGUCUCUCUGAACUCCAGAGCUGAAGCUGGACCGGGAGAGGAGAGAGCAGCCCAGGGGACUGAGUAGGAGUAGAAUGAUGCUGACCCUACAUGCUGAUCUUAGGUCAGUUUUGUGUUUUGAACUCGAUGGUCAGCAGUAGACUGGUGUUUAAAAUGUGGUGACAAACCUUAAGUGGUUCUAAUUUUAAUAACAUUUUCAGAAUUAGUUUAUCUUUUUAUAACCUUGGAAGAAAUCUAAAAGGAGUGACUGCAACCAACAUUAUUAAUUUUUGUUUGUUUUGUACCACCAUGGUACCGU